ACGCCGAUCUUUACUUUUCUCUCUUUCUCUCUUUCUGUCUUUUUUUAUGUAUAAAUCUCUUGACAUGACAUCAAUACAAUCCGAUGCUCAAACAACCUCAUCUAGACUUGGCUUGCCUAAAAAGGAGAAUAAUAUCUCAGUCAAGGAAAUCAUUGAGAAAUACUAUACUCAAAAUCCAGAUUUAUUGAAGCAUGCAUUGAUGGCUAAAAUAGAAGAAGAUAGAAAACAAGCAGCUAAUGAUAGACUCAAGACAGAACAAGCCCGAAUUCAAUUAAGACAAUUAGACCUGAAAUUGAUACAAGAACAAUCAAACCAACAAAGAAAAUCACCCAUGAUGGUUCAUCCUGUUCAAUGGAAGCGUAUUCUGCACCACCCACCUCUCUAUCCUUCCCGCUCAUUCCAUCCUUACCCUCUCAAGCGAAAUAAACAGAUGGAAACAAAAAUACCUCCCAUGGAUACCCAAAAGCCUAUUUUACCCAUGUUAGCACCUUGUUAUUAUCCCUCCAAACCUAUAUUACCACCCAUUGAUACCAGUUUAGGGUCGAUUGAUUGUAUCACCUUGAACAAGAAAAAAAAAAUAAAUCAAAUAAAUUAGUCGCGUCAUU